UGGGGCCGGCGGCUCCCGCGCAGGCGCACUGGGCCCCACUCGCCAUGCCGACUGUCAGCGUGAAGCGUGAUCUGCUUUUCCAAGCCUUGGGCCGGACCUACACUGAUGAAGAAUUUGAUGAACUGUGUUUUGAAUUUGGACUGGAACUUGAUGAAAUUACUUCUGAGAAGGAAAUCAUAAGUAAGGAACAAGGUAAUGUCAAGGCACAGGGGGCCUCCGAUGUUGUUCUUUACAAGAUUGAUGUCCCUGCCAAUAGAUAUGAUCUCCUAUGUAUGGAAGGAUUGGUUCGGGGACUUCAAGUCUUCAAAGAAAGGAUAAAAGCUCCAGUAUAUAAACAGGUAAUGCCGAAGGGAGAAAUCCAAAAACUGAUUGUCACAGAAGAGACAGCUAAGAUACGCCCUUUUGCUGUAGCAGCAGUUCUCCGGAAUAUAAAGUUUACAAAAGAUCGAUAUGACAGCUUCAUUGAACUUCAAGAGAAAUUACAUCAGAAUAUUUGCAGGAAAAGAGCAUUAGUUGCUAUUGGCACCCAUGACCUGGAUACUUUAUCAGGCCCGUUUACUUACACUGCGAAGCGUCCUUCAGAUAUCAAAUUCAGGCCUCUGAAUAAGACCAAAGAAUAUACAGCUUGUGAACUAAUGAACAUAUACAAGAGUGAUAACCAACUUAAACAUUAUUUACAUAUCAUUGAAAAUAAACCCCUGUUCCCAGUAAUAUAUGAUAGCAAUGGUGUUGUCCUUUCGAUGCCUCCAAUCAUAAAUGGGAAUCAUUCAAAAAUAACAGUAAAUACUAGAAAUGUAUUUAUUGAAUGCACAGGAACUGACUUCACUAAGGCAAAAAUUGUCCUUGACAUUAUCGUCACCAUGUUCAGUGAAUACUGUGAAAAUCAGUUCACGGUUGAAGCAGCGGAGGUAGUUUCUCCUAAUGGAAAAUCAAAUACCUUUCCAGAAUUGGCUUACAGAAAGGAGAUAGUGAGAGCUGAUUUAAUUAACAAGAAAGUUGGAAUCAGAGAGACUCCCUCGAAUCUUGCCAAGCUCCUAACCAGGAUGUAUUUGAAGUCAGAAGUUAUAGGUGAUGGUAAUCAGAUUGAGAUUGAAAUUCCUCCGACCAGAGCUGAUGUUAUCCAUGCCUGUGAUAUUGUGGAAGAUGCAGCUAUCGCUUAUGGCUAUAACAACAUUCAAAUGACUAUGCCAAAAACAUACACCAUAGCUAAUCAAUUUCCUCUCAAUAAGCUCACUGAACUCCUCAGACUUGACAUGGCCGCUGCUGGCUUCACCGAAGCUCUGACUUUUGCUCUGUGUUCCCAAGAAGACAUUGCUGAUAAACUUGGCUUGGAUAUCUCCGCAACAAAUGCAGUCCACAUAAAUAAUCCUAAAACAGCUGAAUUCCAGGUGGCGCGCACUACCCUUCUUCCUGGCCUCCUGAAGACCAUCGCAGCAAAUCGGAAGAUGCCCCUUCCCCUGAAACUGUUUGAAAUCUCUGACAUUGUAGUAAAGGAUUCUAGCAAAGAUGUAGGUGCAAAAAACUGCAGGCAUCUCUGUGCUGUUUAUUACAACAAGAGUCCUGGGUUUGAGAUAAUCCAUGGGCUUCUGGACAGAAUUAUGCAGCUGCUCGAUGUGCCUCCUGGUGAGAAGAGGGGUUACAUGAUCCAAGCGUCAGCAGGUCCGGCGUUCUUCCCUGGACGAUGUGCUGAGAUCUUUGUUCGGGGUCAAAGCAUCGGGAAGCUUGGGGUCCUUCAUCCAGAUGUUAUCACUAAAUUUGAGCUGAACAUGCCCUGCUCCUCCCUGGAAAUCAGUGUUGAGCCCUUUUUGUGAAAUGGGUCUCUGUUGUGUAGUUUCUAUCUGAGUGUCCCUUCUCCCGCAGUGUCCUUCAACCUUACUGCAUAGGGAGCCCUUUGUGCUUUCUUGUUCAAUAAAGUGAGAUGUAUCCUCUGGCUCCUCAA